CUGGAUGAGACCGACGCGGGCGCAGAGGCUGAGCCGCGCCUGAGCCCGUCAGACGGUCAGUGCGGAGCCACACGGUCCGCGCUGUGGAGAGUCUGUGGGGGAAAUACUGAUGAAGAAGGGCGGAUUAAAACUGCACCAUCUACAUGCCCCUGCGUUACUGGGGCAGGAGAUGAGUGUGGAAGUGGAGAGAAAAUUUUCCUACAGUGCUGACACUUUGAAAGCGCUGGAGGAGAUCGGCGUGUGUGUCGGUCAGCGUCAGUUUCAUGACCAGUAUUUUGACACUCCCCAGUUUGACCUGACUUUGAGAGACAUGUGGCUGCGUAAACGUAAAGGAUUCUGGGAGCUCAAGUGUCCAACAGCAGCCGGCGGCGGCGCAGAGGAGACGAGCGGAGCGCAGGUGAAAGCAGCAGCUCUGUGCACUCGUUACAAGGAGAUAACCAGCCUGCCCGAAAUUCAGCUGAGACUGAUGGACGUCCUCAAAGACAUUUGUGAGGACAGACACUCAGAGACGGGCUCCUCACACCAGGACGAGUCUUGGCUGAGCAAAAUGAAUCUAGUGUGCUUUGCAGAGUUUACAACAAUGCGGCAGUCAUUCACUUUAGAGGAGGACGGGGUGCAGAUAGAUCUGGACCAAGCUGACUUUGGCUACUAUGUGGGGGAAGUGGAGGUGGUUGUACCCGAGGGAGGAGAUGUGCAGGCUGCUCUGGACAAGAUUGAAAUAACAGCUCAAAAGCUGGGUCUGACUGGAGAUCAGCGAGUUGAAGGAAAAAUGAAUGUUUACCUUAAAAGAAAUCACCCUGAACACUAUGCAAAACUACUCAGUGCACACAUUUUAUAGGAGAUCAGUGACGGUUUUUAACAUGUGCACAGUCAUACCUGUAAACUGAGGUAUUACCUGUUAGAAAGAGUCAUUUAAAAAUGUCCCACAGUGUAAAGAUGCUCAAGUGGACCUGAAUCUAUCAAGACAUUUGCUUUAUUUUAAACUUGGUGAUCAGCAGACCUCUCCACUGAAGCACUGAAACUUUUUCUCUGUCUCCCUUCACCAUUAUUAAUUGUUUUUACCGUGUUGUGUUAAAAAGACAGACGAGCAGACAUGUUGUAUGACAUGUCCUCACAGGUCAUUCACAGCCAUGAAUGUCUUCACUGAAUUAUAUUCUAAUAAAUCAUGUUUGAACAGAGUUCUGUGUACAGAUGCACUCAGGAUAAAAUAACGUUUGCACUGAGUCAAAGUGAUUUUUGUGGUACAAUCAUAGACUGAGUUUCUUUUGCAUUGUGAGAAACUAAACUGUCCCCUCAGUCUGACAGUAUAACAAUGAAAUCUACACCCAGGACAGUUUGUUCACUCACAGUAUUCUACAAAAUCUGAAUUACAUUCUGUUGUCUAAAUAAUACGAUGUGUAAUAAUUGAUUUCUAAGUUUGGCAUAGUGUCACCUGUAACCUGUUGAUGUUUUAUCAGUGUGUCUCAUGCAUGUGUUUGCAGAGUGUAGCCGUAUGUUCAUUUGCUGUUACACUCCUGUAAUGAAAGAAUGAGUAUGUCCUCUGGUAUAUUACACAUUUUUCAGUGUGAGUUAGUUUUGAAAGGUGCAGUGUUACAGUCCAGGUAAAAUCAGGAAACUGGAAUUUUUCUAAUACUUAAUUUGAUCAGUGAUUCUAUUGUUUUAAAUGUGUUUUCCAUAUUUCAUUAAAACCCAAGCCCAGAAGUGCUCAGCACAAACAGGGUUUGUCCAGCAGAGACAGGUCCUACCUGUGAUGGACACUGUGGAACAUGACAGAGAUAAUGCAACGUGUCUCGUCCCUGAAGUUAACUGAAGUGGUUCAGUCGCAGAGUGUAACUGGCUUAUUGCUGCUCUGUGCAUGUUAGAGAGCAAAGGCAAAACUUCCCCAUCAGCCCUAAAAUACACAGAACACACAGAACUGAGAAUCACUCAACGUGUAUUUGGAAAAAAUGUUUUUAUGUUUGGAGAACAAAGUUUAUUGUUAUGGGAAGAACCAGUGGUUCCUAGAAGGUAACAGAAGGUGUUAUUACAGAACAGAAACUACAGCGGUGGCUGGACACAGAUGAUUACAGAGCAGACUGUCUCUCUGGCUGUUUCUCUGAA